GCUGGCUCCUCUGGACGCGUUGAUCUCACACAGCGCCAAGCGGCGGAACGGAGUACGUGAGUGAGUGGAUCUGUGAAUCGCUCCGGAGCGCGCUCAGACCAGACCAGACCAGACCUCAGCACAACAGAGCACAGGCAGAGAGCCCAGCAGACCGUACUGGCUGAACCGAGGGACGCGCGCGUUUACAGCCGAUCGGAGCGCACCGACCGGGGACUUAAAGCGCGGAGGCUUCUCCACCGAGCGCAUGAGCGGCCGCGCGGUGAAGGAUGCUGUCAAGCCGCUCCGUGGUUGUGGAGCACCGGGGAGUGCACGCCGCACCGCUCCUGGUUCACUGACGCUCUUGUUGGAGAUUCGUGUUUAUGGACUUCCAUAUAUAAGCCCUUGGACUUUUGGUUUUCAAGCCUGCUGAAACAGUUUAUUUUUCUUUCCGCUUUUUCUUUUUCUUUUUUCUUUUUAUUUUUUAUUAAAGGACACCGGUGCGCAGAAAUUUGUCAGAGAGACGCGCACACCGCUCCACACUGACUUUUAUUUCUGGUGUUAUUUCCAGUAUGGGACCUUACACAAAAAAAUCAGUCUGGGACCUUUUAUACCGGGCUGGAAUAAGGAACUAAACGAGGAAAAACUGUCAUAUUUUUGUUGAUCUCCUCGAAUCUUGUGCGCUCUUUUCAUUUUCCCCCGGAGCGGUUUUUUUUUCAUCCAAAGAAAAUUGGGCACAAAGAACAAUAACUUGUAAAAGUCGCCGCUUUUGUGCAAGUUUUAUUUUAUUUUAUUUUUUUCUAUCAAGAAAGACUAAAACUAAAAGGAAGAGCAGACAGUUUCACCUAUUAAUGCGGGAACAGACAAGCAGUUUCCGUGCGUAUUUGGCACCGUCUGUCCCCGCUCCACUCCGCGUCCUUGGAGAAGUAAAAACAAAAAAACAAAAAAAACAAACUCCCUUUUGAUUCCCAGAAAUGAGAACUUAUUUGGUGAGUUUUAUCGUUUAAAGUCUACUAAACAUAUUAAUCAUUAGUUUCAUCAACAUUGUGUAUCAUUUUUUCCCCCCCUUUUUGCUUUUGGGGACAGACGGAAAAAUACAGAGUGUGCCGAUGUCUGGCAAACUGGCCGUCAUGUGGGAUUGAUUGCUGGGGAGUAUGUUUGGGCUGGAGCAGUUUGGUUCUCAAAUUAAUAGCAGAAACCCUGGCCAGUCAGAGAGAAACAUAAACCAACAGAGACUGAACAUGGGCUCACAUUAUAAAAGCCCAGGCUUUCAUGCUGGAGGCCCACCUGGAGCCGUGGAGUCCGCCAUGGGCCCCAUGAACGAGUCCCAAAUGCUGGGGCUCAAUAUGAACAUGAACGGUGAGCCUUACGCUGGGUUUCACCCUCGGGGACACCCAGACAUGCAUACAGGGGGCGGACUCCAGCAGCAGCAGCAGCAAGGACCCAUGCAUGGAUUUUUUAACAACCAGCAACCUCAUCAAGGACACCCGCAUGCCCAUCAACCUCACCCCCACCAACAUCACCCUCAUUUCGGUGGGAACUUUGGAGGCCCAGAUCCAGGGUCGUCAUGCCUACAUGGAGGGAGGCUGAUGGGCUACAACAGCAAUGGCAUGGGACCACAGCAGGGUUUUGGAGAGGGUUUUGACCCUCUUGCUGAGGGACCGGCAGGAGAAGGCUUUCCACAGCAGCAGCCACAGCAGCAGAGGCCUGCUAACAUACCUGAAUUUCAACAUCAUGGUCCCCCCAGCGGCAAUCACCCCGUCCCUGCUCCCUGUCUUCCCCUGGACCAGUCGCCUAACAGAGCAGCAUCUUUCCACGGUCUUCCGUCUUCUUCAUCUACGUCAUCUGAGCCUCACACGAUGGAGCCUCGACGGAUGCCCAACCAAGGAGCCGUGGAGGGGCUAGAGUACAACUUUCCAAGCGAUCCGCCAUCUGGACAUUUUGAUGUACCUGUGUUUUCCCCAUCAGAGACAGAAUCUCAGCUACCACAUUUUGGGCCAGGCCGGCCCGUUCCCAGUGGAAAUUUUCCAGGGAGCUCUGGCAUGCCUCGGACACCAGGCAUGCAGGGCAUUUCUAAGGGACACCAGCCGCCACCACAGCCCCAACAACCUCAGCAUGGAGUGUUUUUUGAGCGAUUUGGAAAUGGCCGGAAGAUGCCCGUGGGAAUGGAGCCGGGGGUCAAUGCGAGACAUCCCCUCAUGCAGCCGCAACAACAGACUGGCUUAAUAGCCAGACAGAACUCGUGCCCCCCUGGCCUCCCCCGACCCCCUCAGGCUGAGCCCGGCAACACUAACUCCAACAUUCUGGACGGAGGGGUCAUGAUGCCUGGCCAACAUAACCAGUUUGAAUAUCCCAUUCACAGACUGGAAAAUAGAGGUUUGCACCCCUAUGGGGACCCCAUGUUUAAUAUGCAACAGCCAGCUCCUCCUCCCUCCCAGCAGCCCCCAAAUCAGAGGCUGCAACACUUUGACUCUCCUUAUAUGAACAUGGCGAAAAGGCCCAGAUUUGAUUUUCCUAAUUCACAUGGUGGCGACGGUUGGUGCAGUAGUAUGGAUAACCACCUCUCUCCCUCAGCAUAUCCCGGCCUUCCUGGGGAGUUCACCCCACCUGUCAAUGAAGGUUUUGCACCAGGUCCCUUACAACAUCCGGGGCCCGAGCCGCAGUCUCUGCAGCAGCGCCAAAACGCCGCCAUGAUGAUAAAACAGAUGGCCUCUCGCAACCAGCAGCAGAGGAUGAGGCAGCCGAGUCUUCAGCAGCUAGGUCACCAUGGCGACGUACCUCCUGUCCCAAUGACUCAUGGAGGUCCAGUUGGGAACAUGCCUCAGCCCAACUUUGACAGGGAGAACAGUGGCAGAAUGCCCAGCAUUGAUGGACAAAAUCCUCAUGUAACUCAGGAGAACUCCUGGUUUCAGGGGUCCCACCCACCUGGAGAGAUCAUGUCACGGCGCAUGGGUGGGGCUGGCAAUGAGUCCGGGCCUAAUGAGAUGGGGCUGCAACAGAACGGGGCUGGGAUGAUGUUCAGGCCAGGCAUUGGAAUGCAGGAGCCAAUGAGAAUAGCAGGAGACGGACAUGUUCAGACCCUUCAUUCUCCAGGCAUGCACUCACAGUUUAGUGGAAACAUGGGUAACCUCUCACAAAUGCAGUCGCCAGGAGCUGGAGGAGGACAUCCAAAUGCACCAGCAGAAAGGCGACCAGCUGAUUUUCCUGCACCUCCAAUGGGAGCACAGCCAACUUUUCCCUAUGGGGGGGCUAACCGCCAGGGGCCGCCUCACAGUGCUCCCCAGGGGGUGAGCACCUCACCAGGGAGCUACCCUCCACAGUCUGAGUUCCCCUCAGGCCAGCGGUCGUCUGUUAGUAAGCUGGGAGCUCUGUCCCUUGGGAACUUCAGCAAAACCAGCUCUAAAGACAGUGUUUUCGGUCAGAGCUGUUUAGCGGCCCUGUCCACGGCCUGCCAGAACAUGAUCGCCAGCCUAGGGGCCCCCAAUCUUAACGUAACAUUCAACAAGAAAAACCAAAAUGAGGGCAAGAGAAAACUAAGUCAGACAGAGCAGGACAUUAAUAGCAGCACAUCUAAUGGGACUGGAAGUGCUGGUCCUGAAUAUUUUCAGAGCAGCGCUUCCCAGAACAGCCAGAUGCCUGGCACCGGGAAUAGCAACUCUAAGCCUGUAAGUCAAAGCCAGACGGUGCAGGGGGAAGCCAGUGCCCUCUCCCCAAACUACAACAUGGACGCUACCCCGUGCAGUGAGGGGAAGGCAACAACAGGGAGUGGGAGAGGGAGAGGGAGGAGAAAAAGAGACAGUGGACAUGUGAGCCCUGGAAUUUUUUUUUCCUCUGAUAACGGUAACCCUGUUGUAAGUCCAGGCCAGCAGACCCCCUCGGCUGGCGUUGGGGAGAGGGGUGGGGGCACACCUCAUGAAAAACACCUUCAGUCACCCUCUUGGGGGAAAGGAGGUGACCUAAUGUUGGGGGACCAGGCUGACCUUAUGUCUUCUUUAGACAGUGGCAUUCAAAGUGUUGCUGCCAAGUCUGACAGCAGCUCACCACGAGUGGACUUCCCUGACGAUGUCAGCACCCACUAUGGCAACGAGGACGAGGUGUCAUCCAGCUCAGAUGCAGGAGGGGCUUCUGCCACCAAGCCCAAUCGCAGCCCUAUGAUCACAGGCUCACCCAAAAUGCAGCGGAGUGAUAACAGUUUAUUAAAUGGACAAAAGCCCCUUGGCAUGGGCAUAAACAAUCAUACUACCUCAGCACCAGACAGCUAUGGACUGAACUCUGGUGUGAGCACAGGGGCCAGCGGGGUGAGCCACCCGGGCACUCCUGGGGUGGAGCAGGUACGCACCCCGUCCAGCACCUCGGGCCAGGAAGAAAUCCACCCGCUGGAGAUCCUCCAGGCCCAGAUUCAGCUGCAGCGGCAACAGUUCAGUAUCUCAGAAGACCAGCCCCUGGCCAUGAAGAACGGCAAAAAGAGCAGUGACUGUCCCUCGCAGAAUGGAGACAAUGAGCUGCCAGGCUGCAGCCCGGAUGCAGGGAAGGGCUCAAUGGGCACUAUUGACCUUGACACCCUCAUGGCAGAGCAGCACGCCACCUGGUACGUGCCCAGUGACAAGACCAUGAUGGAUGGGUCAGAGGAUGACAAGGCCAUGGGACCCUGGGAAAAAAAUAAAAGCCAAAACAGCAGUAAAGAAGAAUCCGAGCUCUCCCAGAGUAAGACCGGAGCUGUGGCCCCAGGAGCCGGAGGGGGAGGAGGCGGGAGCAGCGGCGGGAACCACCUGCAGUGCCUGUCCGUCCACUGCACAGACGAGCUGGGGGACAGCAAGGGCCGAGGGGGGCCCGUCUCCUCUUGGCGCUCCAUCCACUCUGACAUCUCGAACCGAUUUGGGACGUUUGUGGCAGCUCUGACUUGAGCGACAAAACAGACUUGGAUGAAGAAGGAUACAAAACCAGAAAAAAAAACAAAAAACAAACAAAAAAACUGAAGGACAACCUCAGAGACCAAAAAAAAAGAAAAAAGAAAAAAAAAAAGCAGAAACGAUGACGAUGAUAUGUCAGUGAGACAGCUGUGUGCGGCUCUUGCCUGUUCAGGGAGAGAGACAUUCGUGCUCAUAAACG